UAUACUGUAUACAGUGCUCUACAAAUAAUUAGAAAUUAUUGAUUAUUUAAUUUAAAUAAUUAAUUGAUAUGUUGUUUAAUAAAAUGAAUAUUUUGUUGAUUAUUACAUCAAUUAUUUUGAUUACUUCUGGAGUACUGUUGACAGUGGUGUCCGGCGAAGGAAACUUCAAUUUCAAAGACGAUUCGGUUUCCUUUUUGAGUCUUAUUUUCGAUGUCAGCGACAAAUGCACUGAAAAGAUACAACCGUUGGUUCAUAAGGCAGACGUUUGUUUGCAACAGAGAUGGGGAUCAAUUGAUUGGGAUGUCAAAGGGGUUAUACCGAAAGAUAUCAACAAAGAGUACUGUUGUCUUAGACAUGAAUUCAAUUGUAUUGUUGAUAAAGUGAUUCAGAAGGAGUGUAGUAAAGAGGAUAACAACGAUUUUGCCGCAGAAAAUAAGUUUUGGUCGCAAAAAACCAAUGAAGAGAUUUGCUCGAAGAAAGGUAUUUCAAUUAGUGAUGUUAAGUGCAAAUCAUUGAAACCCAAAGAUGUUGGCGACAAUGGGUGCAAACAGUACAUACCCUGUACUAAACUGACUGAUACUAAAAUACAGUCGAGAAGUGGUGAAAACUCAGGCGACGACAGUACUGGAGGCGGAACUGGUGGAGACUCUGGUGGAAGCUCUGGAGGAGGUCGAAGAGGCCAUUCAUUUGCCGGUCAAUCCACUUAUAUUGUCAAUGACAGUAUUAUCGACAGUACAACCGAUUAUCGGUUGAUUAGUUGUCAAUUGAUUUGCGGUGACAGAGACAGAGGCGGUGAAUAG